GAAGGAAGGCCGAACAACACAAAAAUUUAUCUCUGUGCCCGAAAACAACAUUGAACGGGGGGAAUUUGCACGUGUUGUAGCUAAUUAUAAGCGAAAUUAUAUUUUAGAGAAAUCCUACUUUGCGAUAUGAUAAAUUUUAGAGCAAUAUGUUAGGGUUAGUACGAUUAGUGCGAGGAGUGUCUGUGCUGUACAAAUCAAACAUCAAAGUGACAUCAACAGCGCUAAUCAAUUCCAGUGAAACAGUUCGGCUGAAAUCCACUCGACAGAAAGCUGAGCUAAAGCGACGGCUGAAGGCCGAGCAGAAGGCCAAGGAGAAGGAGGAAAAGGAGAAGCAGCAGGCGGCCAACGUUCCGGCAGGGGCGAAACCAAAACAAGGGGACGCUGCCGAUGGCAAAAUUAAUGAGGAGGAGAUUUCACCGAAUGAAUACUUCAAAUUACGUAGUGCAGCUGUUGCCGAGUACAAGAAAUCUCCGGGAACCCAUCCUUAUCCGCACAAGUUCCAUGUUAGCAGUUCGCUCGAAUCGUUCAUAGAAAAGUACAACGAUCUCAAGGAUGGAGAUAUGCUGGAACAGGAGCAGCUGUCCGUUGCGGGUAGGAUUCAUGCUAUCCGGGAGAGCGGGGCCAAGUUGAUCUUCUAUGAUCUCCGAGGGGAAGGUGUCAAGCUGCAGGUGAUGGCCAACGCAAAGUUGUACGAGAGUGAAGAGUCUUUCGGUGAAGAUACUGCUCGUUUGCGGCGAGGUGACAUAGUCGGAAUCCAAGGUUAUCCGGGUAAAACUAAGAAGGGCGAGCUUUCGGUGGUACCACGCAAGCUGAAGCUACUCUCGCCAUGCUUGCACAUGCUGCCUCAUCUUCAUUAUGGCCUGAAAGACAAGGAAACGCGCUUCCGCCAGCGAUAUCUGGAUUUGAUUCUGAACAACCAGAUUCGCGAUAUCUUCUAUGUUCGGGCUAAGAUUAUUAGUUUUGUGAGGCAGUUCCUGGACAAGAUGGGCUUUUUGGAAGUUGAAACGCCCAUGAUGAACAUGAUCGCGGGAGGAGCGACAGCCAAACCUUUUAUCACCCAUCACAACGAUUUGAACAUGGAUCUGUUCUUGCGUAUCGCUCCGGAGCUUUACCUUAAGAUGCUGACUGUUGGCGGUUUGGAUCGAGUCUACGAAAUUGGACGCCAGUUCAGGAAUGAAGGCAUCGAUCUUACCCACAACCCGGAAUUUACUACAUGCGAAUUCUACAUGGCUUAUGCUGAUUAUAACGAUCUGAUCGACAUGACCGAACGUAUGCUGUCUGGUAUGGUUAAAAGCAUUCAUGGAACAUAUAAGAUCAAGUAUCAUCCGGAAGGUCCAGAUGGAAAGGAAUAUGAAAUCGAUUUCACGCCUCCAUUCAAGCGGGUCUCUAUGAUCAGCUCGCUGGAGGAAAUCCUCAAAGUAAAAUUCCCCCCAGCAACGGAAUUGUAUUCGCCAGAAGCGAAUAAAUUCCUCGAUCAACUGUGCGUGAAACACGAAGUAGAGUGUCCGGCUCCCAGAACCACGGCUCGCUUGCUGGACAAGCUAGUCGGCGAAUAUUUGGAAGAGAACUGCAUCAAUCCAACUUUCAUUUGCGAUCAUCCGCAAAUCAUGUCACCUCUGGCCAAGUAUCAUCGCGCGGUGCCCGGAAUAACCGAACGUUUCGAGUUGUUCGUAAUGAAGAAAGAAAUCUGCAAUGCCUACACGGAAUUGAACGAUCCGGCCGUGCAGCGAGAGCGCUUUGAACAGCAAGCCGCGGACAAAGCAGCUGGAGAUGACGAAGCACAGAUGGUGGAUGAAAACUUCUGCACCGCGCUGGAAUAUGGUCUGCCCCCGACCGGAGGUUGGGGCAUGGGAAUCGAUCGGUUGACCAUGUUCCUGACCGAUAACAACAACAUCAAGGAAGUUUUGCUGUUCCCGGCGAUGAAACCGGAUGAUCCCAACAAGAAUCAGGCUACGGAAGGCGAUGCCGGACACCCGAUUGAAGGUAACAAAUAAUUUUCGUUAAUUUAUGUUUACGGCGAUGUUGAACUCGAUACAUCCUAGGCAUUGAUUUUCUUAGUUCUGUCGAGUUCGCUAUUUAUCUACGCUUUGCGCUAAUAAUAAAGUGUCCUAAGAAAAUG